CGUCAGUGUUUUGGUGGAAGUAAGUCUGGAGAAAGCGGGAGACUUUUCACUACAUUAUCCUUCUUUUAAUCUGUUCGAGUCUCCUGAUCCUUCAUCAGAAGCUCACUUUGGAACUGUCGACAGCAGAUUCAUAUAAAGAUGGCAGCAGUAACAAGUAGAGGAAUACCUUUAAGCUCGGUCAGUCCACAGUUCCUGCACACAAACUCCACUAGCCACACCUGGCCAUUCAGUGCUAUAGCAGAACUGAUCGACAAUGCUUAUGACCCGGAUGUCAGUGCAGAACAACUCUGGAUUGAUAAAUCAGUGAUCAAAGACCAGGACUGCCUCAUCUUCAUGGAUAAUGGAAAUGGCAUGGAUUGUGACAAGAUGCACAAAAUGCUCAGUUUUGGCUUCAGUGAUAAGCAGACAAUAAGAGGCCAUGUUCCGGUGGGUCUUUAUGGUAACGGUUUUAAGUCGGGCUCCAUGCGCUUGGGGAAGGAUGCCAUUGUGUUCUCAAAGAAAGACGACACCAUGUGUGUGGGUCUCCUGUCACAGACUUACCUCAAGGAUACAGGAGCACAAAAUGUCAUAGUGCCUAUUGUCAUGUUCACCAACACCGGACAGACUGUCAGUGCUUCACCGGAGCAUGCAGAGAGUCUCCAUGAUAUCCUGAAACAUUCUCUGUUUAACACCAAGGAAGAACUUCUGUCUGAGUUCAGUGUCAUUGACGCGUUGUGCACCAACUCAAGUGGAACCCGCAUCAUCAUCUGGAACCUACGCAGAACACCUUCAGAAGAAUUAGAAUUUGAUUUCAUGAAGAACCGUCACGACAUCCGGAUCCCUGUUGAUGUGUACGGGAGAACCGGGGAGACAAACAAGCGGCAGGCAGCAGGUGGCGUGUCAGUGCCUGAGAGUGAAUAUUCACUGCGGGCAUACUGCAGUAUCCUGUACCUGAAGCCAAGAAUGCAAAUUAUCAUUAAAGGGAAGAAGGUGGAAACUGUGUUGGUCACUAAAACAUUAGCAAAUGUCUCGAAGGACACAUACAAACCUGAUUCUGUUAAAAAGGCAAUAACAAUCAGAUUUGGCUACAACACCAAGAGCAAAGAGCACUACGGAUUGAUGAUGUACCACAAAAACCGUCUCAUCAAAGCCUAUGAGCGUGUCGCCUGUCAGCGCAAGGCCGACGGAAGAGCAGUGGGAGUUAUUGGGGUAAUUGAGUGUAACCACCUCACACCAGUUCACAACAAGCAGGACUUUGAUGAUACUGAAGAUUACAGGAAAAUCUUAAAGAAUGUAGGUAAGAAGCUCGAGGAAUAUUGGAAGCAACAGGUAUAUGAUGCACCUGAGCUUAAACCUAACUGCACUGAGGAUACUGUGAAGCAACCAGAUCAAAACUGUAUUCAGUGUGAUAAUUGUCAGAAGCGGCGAAAACUUCCAGAUGGCAUUGAUCGUAAAAUGCUCCCUGAGAAGUGGUUCUGCUACAUGAACUCUGACCCUCAAUUCAGGAGUUGUACAGAUGAUGAAGAAGUGCCUGAGGUUUCUGAUAAUGAACAACCCAGAAACCAGAAAACCUACAAGCAACAUGAGCGAAACCAGAAGCUGCAGCAGGAGAACAGGAAGCAGAGCCCUUCUACACCCUGCCACCCAACACGCAGUUCUGCUCAUAUUUCCUCUCCUCUCACACUUGCAGGCUCCAGGCCUUCAGUUGACACUCAGCAGACUUCUCUCCCUAUUACUCCUAUAAGAAUUAAGAGAGCCCCGGGCCAGAGUCAAGAGAACACGGAGAAGAAGAAAGCUAGAAGAGACGUUUUUGAUAACAGCAUACCAGAUAGUCCGUCAACAUCCUCAGCCUCACCUGACACUGUUUGUUCAUCUUCCAUGUGCAGCUCUGGUAAUGAUGCUAAUAAAGCAGAAAGGAUAACUACUGAAACAGCACCAAUGGAUAAUGGUGAUGAUGUGAUUGACAAGAGCACGGUGAACAAGGAGCAAAGGAAUCAAUUCACACAGAACAGCUCUGAGGACCAGCAGAAUUACAAAGUGCUGUACCUGCAGGCCAAAGCGGAGAUAAAGCAGCUCCAACAUAAGCUCAGAGAGCUAGAAAAAGCAGACGAAGAGCUAAAGGAAAAGGUGUUGGCAAUGGACCCACGGAAAGAUGCCGAGUUGAAAUGCUUUGUGCAGAAGUGUAAGGAGAACCCAGGUGUGCUGCACCUGCCCGAGAUGGAGUUCUUCCGGACCUGGCUGCAUGGAUUGGGAGCGACUAUUCCACCCCUGCCUAAAAACUCAGGCUUCCAGGGAAGCUAUCCAUGUGAUGCAGCUCCGCCUCCUAAAACAGUCCCGCCCCCUCAGGCAGAGCCUGCUCCAGCCCUCCCCUCCGAGAGCGAGGAGAGUGAAUUAGAGAUAGAAAAUGAUGGAGUGAAUGAUCCAGACACGGACGAGGUUCAGGAAAUGGGCAACUAUGAGAACCUGGAGGUGACUGAGGAGAUGAUGGACCAGGCCAACGAGAAGAAGAUGGAGGCCAUCGACGCACUGGGAGUGGGAGAGCUGCAGAAAAGUCUGGAUCUGUUCACUGAUGCCAUCAAACUGAAUCCACGAUCAGCUAUACUCUAUGCCAAGAGAGCCAGUGUGUACAUCAUGAUGCAGAAGCUGAACACUGCGAUUCAAGACUGUGACAGAGCAAUAGAUAUAAACCCCGACUCAGCACAGCCGUAUAAGUGGAGAGGGAAAGCACACAGGUUACUUGGUCACUGGGAAGAAGCAGCUAAAGAUUUGGCCACAGCCUGCAAACUGGACUAUGAUGAAGAUACCAGUGCCAUGCUGAAGGAGGUUCAACCUGAAGUCAACAAGAUCCAGGAGCACCGGCGUAAAUACGAGUGUAAACAAGAGGAGAGAGAGAUCAGAGAGCGGCAGGAGCGAGUGAAGAAAGAGAGGGAGGAGCAUGAGAAAGCACAGAGGGAAGCCAGGCAGCAGGCAGGAGGAGGAGCACAAGGAGGCUUCCCAGGAUUCCCAGGUGCAGGAGGUUUUCCAGGCGGAGCUCCGUUCGGCAUGCCCAGCCUGCAGGAGCUCUUUAACAACCCCGAGGUGCUCAUGGCCAUGAAGGAACCUGAAGUGAUGGCAGCCUUCCAGGAUGUGGCUCAGAAUCCAGCCAACAUCUCCAAAUACCAGGGCAACCCGAAGAUCAUGGCUCUCAUCAACAAACUGAGCCCCAAGUUCAGCAACCCUCAGGCCUAGGCGGCCGAACGACAUGUGUUUAGUGAUGAGGUCAAUGCUCUGAAAUAGCGCUUACUGCCCCUCUCUCUCUGUCUCUCUCUCUUGCUUACAUGAUGUAGUUCUUCCUCUGCACUAACACAUGUGGUGACUGGAUGGAGGUGAGACAAACAUGUAGUAAAUGCUUUUUAACUCGCACACUAGAUAGAUUUCAGGACUAUUUAAGAGCAUUGGAACACCACCAUGAAGGAGUUAGGCAUAGGGAACAGCUAAUCAGUGUAAACCAUUAAAGAGGAAAAAAGAAAGGGGGAGACCACACGGUCUCAGUUUAACACUUCCUGGAACAGUCCUGAAUCGCACUGUAAACAGAACCGGGCUGUGAUUGGUGUUUGAAAUGGUCCAGUCACUGCCUUUGAUACUGAACCUGACUGAUUUCAAUGUCUUUUCACCCUGACUGUGUACCAAUCUUUUACCACACUUAACCCAAACUGUCACGGAGAUUAUUCUAAAAGAGUUAAACUGAUCAUUAUUCCAUCCAGUCAGGUCUUAACUAAAGUUUUCUGGAUUGUUGUUGGGUUUUUUUCUAUUCUGUAAACAAGAAAAUCACAUGGCAAAAUGUUUUUUUUUUUCUUACCCCCUUGAUCCAGGAGCAUUUAUUUCUAUCUCUGAACGACAAUUUCAAUCAAUAAAGGUUUUGGUUGUUGCAGAUCUGACACCUUGUUGGUUUUUAAUAUUGGAGGAGAAUGCAUCAUGAAACAAAUUCAGUCAUGCUGUGUUCAU